AAACAACUAGUCAACCAUGAAAAAUCGAUAGGAAAAUGGCCGUGAGUUCCGCUGCGCAAUAAGCUCUUUUUCUGAAGUGGAAAACUCAUAUUUUGACCGUGUUACAAGCAAAGAAUAUUGAGGAUACUUCAUUUGCAAGGCUUUAAGGACCUGUUCACCGAAUUUGGGACCUUUAAGAAAGGUCGAGAUGGCGGAAAGUGUCAAAGUAGCGGUGCGAUGUCGACCAUUCAACUCCAGAGAGAAGGCUCGCAAUGCCAAGCUCAUCAUCAACAUGAGUGGGAAUACGACCACCAUCACCAAUCCUGAAGACCCCAAGGAGGAACCAAGAAAGUUCAACUUUGAUUACAGCUAUUGGUCACACGAUGGCUUCAAAGCACCGGCUACCGAUGAUGGCUAUCUGGAACCAUCCAACAGCAAAUACUGUGAUCAGAAACGGGUGUUUGAAGAUCUUGGUAAAGGUGUUUUGGCCAAUGCUUGGCAAGGUUACAACUCUUGUCUCUUUGCCUAUGGACAGACAGGUUCAGGCAAAUCCUACUCCAUGGUAGGAUAUGGAGAAAAUAAAGGUAUUGUGCCCAUCUUCUGUGAUAAGAUCUUCCAAGAGAUAGACCAGAAGAAGACGGAAGGUGCAAAGGCAGAGUAUGAGGUCUCCUACAGCAUGCUGGAGAUCUACAACGAGCAGGUCCGUGAUCUCCUCAAUCCUGCAUCCAACAAGAAGGGCGGAUUGAAGAUCAGAGAGCAUCCCAAGAAGGGAUUCUAUGUUGAGCAACUUCGCCAGACACCUGUGCAGAGCUAUGCCGAGAUCCAAGCCCGUAUGGACGAAGGAGUUCGCAACCGAACUGUCGCUGCGACCCAGAUGAAUGCUACAAGCAGUCGAGCCCACACCAUCAUGAGCAUCAUCUUCACACAGAAGACCAUCAAUGAUGCGGGCCAGGAGAUGGCUAAGACCUCUAUUGCCAAUCUUGUGGAUUUGGCUGGAAGUGAGAGAGCAGAGUCCACAGGAGCUACUGGUGACAGAUUGAAGGAAGGAGCCGCUAUUAACCAAUCUUUAUCAUCGCUUGGUAACGUCAUAUCAGCCCUCGCAGACAAAUCAAAGGGCAAGAAUGUGAAAGUUCCAUUUCGUGAUUCCGCGCUGACGAAGCUGCUGAAGAACGCCCUCGGUGGUAACAGUAAGACAAUUAUGGUUGCUGCCCUCAGUCCUGCGGAUAUCAACUACGAUGAAACACUCUCCACAUUGAGAUACGCUGAUCGUGCCAAGCAAAUCAAGACUGUUGCUGUAGUGAAUGAAGAUCCAACAGAAAAGCUGAUCAGGGAAUUGAAAGAAGAGAAUGCUCGGCUGUUAGAAGCAAUGAAGAAAGGAGGCAUCGUGGCCGUUGCCCCUAGUGAUCAAGAAACGGCCGGAAUGACAGAAGAAGAAAUAGAAGCAGAAAAGGAGCGUUUGAAGAAAGAAAUGGAGGAGGAGAUGGCUGCUCGACUCUCUGAUAAUGAGAAGGAGAUGGAAGAGAUGAAGAAGACAUGGGAAGAGAAACUAAGACAAGCUCAGGCUGCAAAUGUAGGCGAUGAUUCUGAGCGAGCCAAGAAAGAAGCACGUAAGAACACUCCUCAUCUUUUCAAUCUUAACGUGGACCCUGCCCUCUCUGGCAUGAUCGUGCACAUCCUCGCCCCUGGCAAUUACAACGUUGGCAGUGAUAAGGCAGAAAACAAACCUCAGAUUGUACUCAAUGGACUUAGUAUUCAAAAGGAGCAUGCUGUCAUCACAAAUGAAGGAGGUAAAGUCUUCAUCGAGAAGGUCAGUCCGAUGGCCAAACUUCUAGUGAACGGCGACCCCAUUACGUCCAAGCUGGAACUUGAUCAUAAUGAUAGAGUGAUGUUUGGAUCCAAUCAUCUGUAUGUAUUCCAACAUCCUGCAUUGCAGAAGGCUAGUCCUAAAACAUACACUGUGGUGACUUAUGAACAGGCUCAGCAAGAGAUUGCAGAGAAGAAUGGCUUUGACAUGUCCUCAAAGAAAUCAGGAGAGGAUUUACUUCUUCAAGAGGAACUUGUAGAGAUGAUUCCCAUGGUUGAGGAGGCUAAUGCAAUCAGUGAAGAACUCGAUAGGAAGGUCAAGUUUGAGAUUGUUGUCAUGUCACCAAAGGCUAGAGGGUUAUCUCAUGGCCGCACUGAGGUCUGUGUGAAGCUCCGUAACCUGCAGAAUGAGCUGGAGUACAUCUGGUCCAGAGACAAAUUCGUCAGACGCAAGUACCUUAUGCAGGAGAUGUAUCAGAACUUUGCCGAGGGAUCUGACUGGCAACUUCCCGAUGAGAAGGAUCCAUUCACAGAACCAUUGAACACCAAUGUCCAGAUUGGGGUGGUCAAUGUUUAUCUUCAAAGUAUAGCAUACAUGAUCGAGACAAAAGAAUCUCUUGAAAUCAGUGAUUACCGUGGCAAGCAGCAAGGUCUACUGGAUGUAGAGAUCGUACCUUGUGACGUAAAGGGUAAAGAACUCACCGAGGCUGAUGACGUCUUUGUCGACGACCCCAAGGAUCUGAUUGGUCGAUGUGUGAACUUUGUCAUCAAGAUUAAGACGGUGACUGGUGUUCCAAACAGAUUUAAGGACAUAUAUUGCGCCUACAAGAUGUAUCUGGAGAGUGAGGAGAACAAGACGGACUGCAAAGACAGCUCCGGAUCAUCGGACUUUGCCUUCCGCAAGUUCUACAACUUCCAGGUAGCCACAUCCCAGCUUGUGGAUUACCUUCAGAAUGGGAUGUUGACGAUAGCGAUAUGGGGCCGUCAGGAGCCGAAGACAUCGACCAGGGCCAAGAACCUCAACACGGCCCAGAUCAUGAUGUCAGAGACGCUUGCCAAGGGAUCCAGCUCGGCUUCUGUCGCCAAUAUGGAGAAGUCUGGAGAUGGAGAAAGUGCUCUUGAUACCAACAAGGUAGCGCAUCAUUUCCAACUGGCCAUCUACAAAAAGAAGCAAGAACGCAUGGACAUAAAAAUGAAUCAGAUGAAGAAGAUGUUGGAGGUCGCCGAGCGUCACGGCAAGGAGCGCAUCCAGGUCGAGCUGAUCAAACAGUUAAUGAUAGCAUCUAAUAAUCAGAUAGCCGACAAGGUCAUUGCAAGGAUACCUAAAGACCAGGGUGGUGGAUCAAGCAAUAAUGCUGGCCAUCCAGCGCCAAAAGGAGAGACCAACUCAUCUGUUUGCAGUAUCAUGUAAUCACCAUAGAAUGAUAUACACCUCAAUAUAAGAUCAGCGUCAACCAGCUAAAAAGCAACUUUCAAACCAAAGAUAUAAGGAUUACUUUUAAAGCAUUUUUUUUUUAAAUGAAUUGUCAGGUACACGGGAGGAUUGGCUUCCAUAUAGGCACUUGUGAAAGAAAUUAUUGACUGACAUGUGUGUUUAGAGAUACUUCUGUGAGUUGAGAGUUCUAUGGCUAUUAUGUUAUUUCGAGAAAGUGUCUUACAAGCAUGAAAAAAAGGCCAGUGUGAUGAAAUCCUUAAGCACCUGGGGCACGUUUCAUAAAGAGUUGCAAGUGUUGUAACUUUGCCAAUAUGGCAACUACCAUGGCAACCUUGAUUUUGAUUGGCUGCUGAGCCCUGUUGCCAUGGUAUUUGCCACAAUGGCAAAGUUACAACAGCUGUAACUCUUUAUGAAGCGGGCCCCUGGUCUUUUUGAUACGUCUAAAUUUUCUAUUGAAAAGUUAUUAACUUAAAAUGUAUUCAAUCCAUCCCUGAUCAAAUUCAGUUUUUCAUUUCAAAGUUUGGCAUGAAUUCAUUUCGGUUAUGAAGGUCAGCAUUUAUCCUACCAAGACCUGACCAUGUUGACCGAGGCUGUAUUUUGAAUGAGAAGUGCUUAUACAUUAUUUUCACAAAUGACCCAUAUCCCUUCAAAAUCAGCCAAAUGUUUGAGACUGAAUAUUUUCACAGCUUAUAAAUUCCAUGGGCAUUUCUGUAUAAUAUUUGUAUUGAUAGAACCAUUGGUAUGAAUGAAUAGCAAUAAGAAGCUGACCUCACUGACUAAAAAUUUGUGAUUAUAAUCAAUAAUCCUCUUAAAUUUUCUGUAAUAUUGAACUUUUGUGCUUUAUUUUAAGCUCAUAUAGCUACAACUAAUAUGACACUCAUUUAGUUUGCAUGCCUUCUUUAUGCUUAUACUUUGUAAACACACAAAAAUGAUUUAUUUUGAAUACUUGUCAAUCAAGCAGUUGACAGAUGACUUGAAAAUAUAUAUAUGUAUACAUAUAUGUAUGAAUAUAUAUAUAUAUAUAUAUAUAUUAAAAAUUUUCUUGAUUCAUAUGUUUAUUCCUCAAAUUAAGUUAAGCUUGAUGAACUUUGUCUUUCGCAUUUCCUUGUGUCGGUGCAAGAACACCCUUAGCAAAACAUUUUCACCCACUACAUCGGUGCAGAAAUGCCCUUACACAAUUCACUUGUGCAUGCUGCUAAGGGCGUUUUUGCACGCAUUCAUUGAGUGAAAGUGUGGUGUUAAGGGUGUUCUUGCACAGACGUGACAAAUUGUAUCAUUUUAUGUGAGAUAGCCUUGUAUGCAAUCACCUUGAAAAUCAUGUAUAUAUAGAUAUAUUUGUAUAUAUAGAUAUAUAACAAUCGGCAUUAUAUAGUUGUGAAUUUGAUAGUUGCUUUUUUUUUACUUUUCUUUGUGUACUUUCAAACAUUCCCAUAUUUGUGAAAGGAAUGUUUUCAUGUAUGUGUGAUAAUUGUAUAUAUAUGAUUUUACAAAAUUCAAUCAAUAUAUAUUGUACAUGAUGUGCUCUAGUGAAGUAAUUUUUCUCUAGGACCCAUCCGCACAAAAGUAGCUGUCAAUCACAGAGCUUAAAAUCACCAGUCAAGAUCAUUGAUGCAUACACAGUAUGUUCCAAACACUAAACCAAUGAGAACUGUUGAUUUUUGUUCUGUGAUUGGUCACAGACUUUUUUUUGUUAAGGCAACCUGCUUUUGAUUUUCAGUAACAAGCAUUCCUCAAUAGGAAAAAUUGAAUUCUUUUUACCAUUGACAACAUACUCGUCUGGAUGUAACGUGUAAAUUACUUAUGCAUGGAGUAUACUUACACAGUGGGUGAUCAAGUUCAGUGUUGGUGCUGGUGUCAAAGUUGGCAUUAGAAGCACAAUUGUGAUUGUCUUAUCUAGCUCUAACACCACAUCAAGUUGAUGUUAAAUGUUUGAUGUUGGAAGCACUAUUGUCAUUGCCUUCAUUAGUUACAACACCUUUUACCAAGUUCAAUGUUGGUGCUGGUGUUAUCAUUAAUAGCACUAUUGUUAUUGCCUUACCUAGCUCCUAACACCCAAUUGAGUUCAGUUUUGGUGUUGCCAUUUGAAGUGUAAUUGGCAUUUGUGAUUGUCUUCUCAACACAUUAAGUUCAGUGUUGGUGUUAAAAGCACACUUAUAAUUGCCUUCCUCUGCUCAACACCUAAUCUGAAAUGAGCCAAUAUACUUUCUUGAUAGUUCCACACCUAGUGAAACUUGUACCAAGACCAAUUUUAUUAAGUUGGGUUUUGUGCUGAUACAAGCACGAAAAGAUCCAACACCAAACUUGAAGUCACACAGUGCCAGGCAAGAAACACCUUGAACAUUUUCUGUGCAUAUGAUUAUGUGUCUAAUUGUUAUAUGUAGAUUGAUAAUUGUUUAAUUUAUUGAUAAAUGUCACAUCCAGUCUUUCAUGCAUGUGGGUUUUUUAUGCUAUUGUGACAUAUUUAUGUGUGCAUACACAGUAUUACAAUUAAAGAAUGCAAUCAUCUACACCUCAGAGAAUUUGCUACAUAUUUUUUUUAAUCUGUAGCAAAAAAAUCACGGUUACAAUUUGGCAACAAGUUUAUACAAAUUUGUACAUGUAAACAAUGAAAAAGUAACAAGCAAAAUUCUACAAAGUGUACAGGAAAAGCAGAAAUAAUAAAAACACAGCAUUAUUCUUCUAUC